CGAGGCUGCAACGUCAUUCGAAAACUCAAAACCUCACCCUGAGAGCCGACAGACUGAGCGACUAGAGGGAGAGGCGCUAACAGAUUGGAGCUACGGAGGAUAACUGGUGACACAGGACCCGGCGUACGAUGCGUGAAUACAAGUUAGUAGUCCUUGGCUCUGGAGGUGUGGGCAAAUCUGCUCUGACUGUGCAGUUCGUUCAGGGGAUCUUCGUGGAGAAAUAUGACCCUACAAUAGAAGACUCGUACAGAAAGCAAGUGGAGGUGGAUGGACAGCAAUGUAUGCUGGAGAUUUUGGACACCGCGGGAACGGAACAAUUCACAGCCAUGCGUGAUCUGUACAUGAAGAACGGACAGGGCUUUGCGUUGGUCUACUCUAUUACAGCCCAGUCCACGUUCAACGACCUGCAGGACCUACGGGAACAGAUUCUCAGAGUUAAAGACACCGACGACGUCCCCAUGAUCCUGGUUGGUAAUAAAUGCGACCUGGAGGACGAGCGUGUUGUGGGGAAGGAGCAGGGUCAGAACCUGGCCCGACAGUGGAGCAGCUGUGCUUUCCUGGAGUCCUCCGCCAAGUCCAAGAUUAACGUCAACGAGAUCUUCUAUGACCUGGUCCGGCAAAUUAACAGGAAAACCCCAGUACCCGGGAAGGCACGCAAAAAGUCCAACUGUCAAUUGCUCUAAUAUAGAGCUGAUCUGUCGCACUGAGCCAGCAGUGCCAGCAUUCCGACGUUGCUAAAACCUAACAUCGAAUGGACUUUCCUGUGUGGUGACACCCCUGUAACAACAAACAAACCGACCGACCAAUGGAUUCAAAGCUACAGUACAACAUCAGUUUUUGCACAUAAAUUAACCAUUAUCACUCUCCGGUGUUGCGGGAAAAGAUUUUUACUAUAUAUAUAUUCUAACUGUAUGCAACUGAAAUGGAAAAAUUUAGUAAAUAAAAAGGUAAAUUAAUAAAUAAAUGGGUAAAGAGGUAAAUAUGAAUUCAACUAAAAUUCAGAGCCUACGGUGUUAUUACUAACGGGACGGUAGCCGUAGAAACAGCAGCUGUCUAACUAGACUGUGCACGUUGCCAUGGUGAGUAGCCUCGCUACAAUGAUGCGGUAUUUAUAAGCACCACUAUUUUAAAAAAAGAGAAAAAAAGAGAGUUCCAAAGAGCGCCAAUACAGCCAAGUUCAUACUGAUAACUUGCUCCUUUGGUUUAUUUUGUAACUUUUUAUUUGUUCCCUUUGAUCAUUCAACAUUCUUUCUGUUUCAGUCUUUUUUUUUUCUUUCUUUUUUUUCUUACUAGAUUUUGGCUCUACUGAGAUUUGCUAUACUGCGACAGCUAUUGAUAUGAGUUUUAUUUUAGGUUAAAAACCUGUGGAUACAACAGUGAUUAUUAUUAUUAUUAUUAUUAUUAUAUGUGUAAAAAGAAAAAAAAGGUAUCAUGGUUUUUCGGUCACUAACUUUAUCAUGUUGUCUUUUUGCCUAAAGAUGUUGCCUUCAAAUGUGUUUUAUUUUUCUUUCUUUCUGGAGUGUCCAACUAUGAUCCAAUAAUCUUACUGUCAUGCCUGGGUUUCCUCUGUGUGUCUGAAAUGCCACUCAAUUAAUUAGUGCACCACUUUUGACCAGAGGCCAAUGGAGCCCUGAUUAAAAGUAGUGUUCAAAAUAGGGAAUAGGGUGCCAUUUGUGACACUACUCUUGUGUUGUUUACAAAGAUGUUUGUACAGUGGCUUUUUCAAUAUGGGAUGUGCUUAAGGAGGGACUGAACAUUUCAAUGAGCUACCCAUCUCCUGAGAGACUGGCGGCCAACAUGAUGGCACGAUCUUCAUCAUGUUUAUUGUUUUUUUUUUUUAUAUAAUUCUAAGGCCGCCUCUCAUUGGUCGGUUUGUCCAGUUAGCCAAUCCCCCCUCGCGGAAUCUCCUAUCUAGAGCAGGAAAUAUAGAUUUUUUUUAAUGAAGAGGGUUUUAAUAUGAAAAAAUGAAAGAACAAAGUGACAUUGAUGAUGUCAUUCUCCACAUUUCUGUUGCCGUAGAUUCUCACUGAACUACCCUUUCGCCCAUCCUUUUUCCAAUUCUCUCUCGUCUUCUACCUCUGCCCUCUCUCCCCGCCCUAAUUCCCCUUCCCUAGCCCCUCUUCCUUACCCACUGUCCCCCUCUGUCUCUUAGCCUCUUACUAAUGCAUCUGUUGUAAACUGAGGAUAUGAAAACCAAAUAUUGGAUCAUGUCAGUAAAGACACCUGCCUGUUUGUAACUGUUGUUUCACCUGUGUUUAUCCUUGGUUUGACCUUUUCACCCAUUUCCUUCCUGUCUGUCGGAUGAUGAAAGUGAUGAAGAUUUACCGCGUGGAAUUAACUGUUCUACAUUGAAUGUGGGGGAGGGGGGAGCCAACAGUCUUCAAAGCAGCAGGGAAUAUAUAAAAAAAAAACAACAACAUU